GUUUAAAAGUUAUAAUAACAGAUUGUGAUAAAAUUCUAGAUUUUCUACAUUUAAUGAUUUCUUUUCAUGAUCGUGUUGAUAAAUGACCAUGCAAGAUCCCAUAACAAACGGCGACACACCAGCGUCGGCGCCCGUCCAGGACGCUCUGGAACCGGUGUUGGAAGCCGACCUGAUUGAUCACAUUUGCCGUGAUCCGAAGGUGUUCUACAAAAGCCAACAAAUCAAUGAUCCCGAACUUACAACCGGCGAAAAGUUGCAAAUCGUGAAACAGGUCCUGGAAAAAAGCCACACAACUUUCCUUGCUCGGUUUGGGAAUUUUAUCAAAGAGAAUCACUUACGGUUCUUCGAGCAAGAGCAGCAAACAAGUUGCUACAGUCCGGACGAACGGUAUGAAGUGGACUACUAUUUGAGCAAGAUUCGAAAAUCUCACCACGGAGGUAGAGAGCAGGAAGUUCGCAAUCGACGGUACGCCGCAUUGAAACAGCUGGUCCACGAGGGCAAUUAUUUCAAAGAAACGGAAAUGAUGCAAAGGGAGCCCCUGUUGUAUGACCAAUUGGUGGGACAGUAUUUGACUGAGCAGGAGAAGAAAGCGCGGGACGCUGCCGGAACGAAAAACGAUAGCUUGGUAGCGAUACUGUUCAACGGGAUGGAUAAGGAAAACACUGAGUCGUUGAAAAAAGAACAGGAGAGUGAGGAAAAGCAACAGGAUGAACCAGAUGAGGAUGAGCACAGCUACAAGGAGAAGCCGCCGGAUUCGCCUGGAUUUUCCAGAGCUCAGUGGGGAAACUUUGACCUGGAAGAAGAGGAACGGCAGAAGAACGUGCAGCAGGAAAGGGAAGCCAAGCAACGGAAUAAGAAAUUUUCCAUUCCAGUCAAUUUGAUGACUGCGGGCGAGCGAGAUUUGCUACGGGACGAGUUCCUGGGGACUAUGUAUUCGAAAUUUAUUUCCGGCGAAGAUGCUGAAUUUGAUUACUCCAAGGUUGACGAAAGCAUGGAGUACGAUAAUUUGGACAUUUUGGAACAGGAUGAACAGGAGAGGUAUUUCGAUACGGAGGACUCGAGAGAUGGCGUUUUGAGGAACGAGGACGACGACGGUGGCGAAAUGCAGCAGGACGAUAGUGAGGAGGAUGAUCUGGAUGUCUAUAUGAGGCAUUUAAAUCAACAUUUGGAAAAUCAAAAAAACAUGGACCAUAUGAACAACCAGAUGAGGGAUGUCAACUGUCAGUAUGAUAGUGAUGAAUAAAGUUGUGGGUUCUCAAA